CUUCAGAGAGCAUCUGUCUGGCCGGGGCGGCAUGCAGCCUUUGUCCCUCCUGAGCAUACUAUAAAACCCACUUCCACAUGUGGAACAAGCACAGCCAGCCAAUUGUGUUCCACCAGCGACGAUCCACAAACAUGGCUCAGCGACAGCUAUUGGCUGGACUGUCCCUCUGGAUGUGCCUUCAAGUUGUGUCCUCCAGCAAACUGGUCUGUUACUUUACCAACUGGUCCCAGUACAGGCCAGGUGUUGGAAGAUACAUGCCAGAAAAUGUGGACCCCCAUCUCUGCACACACCUGAUCUACGCCUUCUCCAUCAUCAACCAUUCUAAUGAGCUGUCACCCUACGAAUGGAACGAUGAUGUUCUGUAUAAAUCCUUCAAUCAACUCAAGAGCAGAAACCCCCAGUUGAAGACUUUGCUCGCCGUCGGUGGCUGGAACUUUGGAACUGCACAAUUUACCACCAUGGUUUCCACUCCUGUCAACCGCCAGACGUUCAUUCGUUCUUCCAUUCAGUUCUUGCGGCGGUACGGCUUCGAUGGGUUGGACCUGGACUGGGAGUACCCCGGAGCGCGAGGAAGCCCUCCGGAGGACAAGGAGAGGUUCACGGUGCUUUGUCAGGAAUUGAUGGCUGCCUUUGAGGAGGAAGCCACACAAACGAGUCGACCACGCCUGCUACUCACGGCCGCGGUUGCGGCUGGGAGGGGAAACAUUGACAAUGGUUAUGAGAUUGCCCGAAUGUCAAACUUUCUAGACUUCAUCAAUGUGAUGACCUAUGACUUCCACGGAGCGUGGGACCCCAUCACUGGUCACAAUAGCCCCCUGUACCGCGCCUCUUCCGAUCAAGGGGAGAACAUCUACUACAAUGUGGAUUUUGCAAUGAAACACUGGCGAGAUCAAGGCGCUCCGCUUGACAAGCUCAACCUUGGUUUUGCCACAUACGGACGCACAUUUCGCACAGUUUCAGCAGCUCAUGGCGUUGGCGCACCUGCCUCCGGAGCGGCCCCAGCUGGGAGUUACACACGUGAAGCUGGCUUUUGGUCUUACUAUGAGAUCUGCACGUUCCUCAGUAGAGGAGGAAAUCUCAGCUGGAUCGAGGAACAGAGGGUGCCUUAUGCCACUCAAGGCAAUGAGUGGGUUGGCUUUGAUAACAGGCAGAGCUUUGAUAUCAAGACGCAGUACCUGAAAGAGGAAAACUUUGGCGGGGCUUUUGUCUGGGCUCUGGAUCUCGAUGAUUUUACUGGACAGUUCUGUGGACAAGGAACCUAUCCACUCAUCCGUUACUUGCGCUAUCUUCUGGGUUCAGAUUUCCCAACAACGCCGCCGUCACCCACAAUGCCAGCAGGGACCACGGCUGGACCAAAUGAGACCACAAUGGCACCGGAGUUCCCAAUGACGACAAAGACCACAACCGCACCCUUUCCGAGCACAAGACCGCCAGAGACAACCGCUGCACAAACCACCACAACUAUCGCAUCUGGAAGUGGCUUCUGUGCCAACAAGGCUGACAAUCUGUACGAGAAUAGUAAUGACACAAACUCCUUUUAUCAGUGCUUCCAGGGCCGCACCUUCAUCCAGAAGUGUCCUGCUAACCUUGUUUUCAACAGCAAAUGCAAGUGCUGUGAUUGGCCAAAAUAAACAUGAAAUCAUUGCCUUGCUCAAACAGCACAGUUUUUUUUUUUUUUUGGUUGUUGUUUUUAAGGGGACUAUAUGCAAACACCAUCACAAUACUUUCAGUUUAUGGCAACAACAUCAAUAAAAUACCUGUUCUGCAUCCUC